UACAAAUAUAAACUUGAAAGUUGCUCUGAACCCAAUCUGAUGCUGAUUGAUUAUAAAAAAAGCAUUAAAAUGUUCUGAACUCCAGGAUAACUCCAGUGGUUUUGAUGUUCUUCCUAUACUCAGUGUACCUGUCGAAACACGUGGGAAAUGGGCCAAUCUUUCCGCUGGUUUACGACACUUUCAACAACCCGUGCAAGAAGCAUUGGUGGGCGGUUUUCCUCUACAUCCAGAACUACUACAAUCGAGACGAAAUUUGUUGGGUGCAUCUUUGGUACCUUUCGGCCGAUUGGCAGCUCUUUUUGGCAGCCCCGCUGGUUCUAAUUCCGAUGGCCUGGCUGCUCAAACGCGGCUUUAAACUCGUGUUUACCGUCAUGGCUAUUCUUAAUGUGUUUUUUGUGCUUUUGGCCAUUUUCGUCAAACUGGUCUUUCCGAAUUUCGAUCCGGAACAUCUGGAAUAUGAUGCUCAUUCCAAGUUGGUCACUUACUUUAUGGGAGCGAUGUUUGGCAUUUGUUUGCGAUGCCAUCUCAAUAAACCAUAUGUUUUUAGAAGGGGCUGCAACCUAAUAAUGUGGGCUAUUUCCCUAUCAAUGCUGUUCGCAGCCACUUUGGUCCUUCAUGAGGUGAACAUCAAUCACAUCGAGUCUCACACAGUUAAAUCAAUCACCGAUGUACUAAUUAAACCGUUUUGGGCUUUGGGCCUGGCUUUUGUUAUUUAUGCCUGCACAAGUGGAUAUGGAGGCAUAGUUAACUGGCUGUUAACUGCCGGAUGGAUGCAGGUCUUGAGCAAGUUAACAUUUUGCAUGUACAUUACCCAUAUGCCAGUGAUCUUCUUAUGGAUCUCCAUAAGACGAACCAGGGAUCAUUUCACUGACUUUACUUUGUUUUUCUAUUGGUGCGGACACCUUAUCAGCACCAUUAUAAUCUCGGUCAUUUGGACGCUGAUGUUCGAGUCGCCUUUGAUCACCAUCGAACGGGUUCUGUUGGGCGGAGGAAAAAAGCCGAAGUCUUCACCCAAAGAAGAUAUACCCAAAGGAAAAAUCGUCAUUCUCCAUCAGAAACCCAUCGAGAAUGGAUACAUAUAGGGAAGCAUAUGUAAUUUUUAUUUAUUUUAGCAAUUGUAUGUAUACAGGGUUAUUCACGCUAUACG